UAAUUUUUCGAGCAUGUCAAGUGUAGAUUUCUCAGAAUUAAGAUAUCCAGAUUACUGGACUCGGGAUUUUAACACUUGGGGAAUAAACGACUGGGAUACUUAUUGGAUCGAAAAGCAACCACAAUCAUUAUCUAUUACUAAACAUAAUUCUCAUACAGCCUUAGCCGACGAGUUGAGAUGUUUGAAAAAAAUAUAUACAAGUACUCAUCCUGCUUAUAAUAAAAUCCAAAAAUUGCUGAAAUAUUUGCGG